GUCAGAGUAACAGGACGGUAUAUCUAGUUGCCCGCGCGAGACUGUUCGAACACGGAGCGCAUUUUUCGUCGCGUCGUGACGCGAAUUUCAUCUCGCGAUUUUCUCUCUUGUCUUGCUUUACUAACAGAGACGAUUUGCGUAUGCAACGGGUAGCUUAUCUCGCGGAUGGAUGAUCGUCGCGCCGUCGCGUUCGACAUACGCGACGUACCGUAACUGCGGUCUAAUGAAGAGCACGACCUUCACAUGCCUUGAGAAAAGAAAGCACGCUUAGAUCGAACAGUCGCCGAUCAUCCGUGAAGCCGAUCCAGUUCGCGACUGCCGUGUCUUUGCGAGUGAGAUAAAAGCACUGAUACUUGGACCCGCACCUAAACCCUAGACACUGUUCUGGUUUUCAAAAUACAAAUACCUGAAAUUCCAACGUAUAAAGAAGAUGUAUAUGCAUUACAUCCGUGCUCUGAUGUCGAGCCGAGCAUUGUGAGAAGCGCUCGAUGAAGUCAGCUGUCACCAACCCUCUUCCGACGGGAAAGAAAAACAACAGCUGACGAGAAAGUCACGGACGGGCUUCUGAGCCGGGGGCCGUCACGUGAAUAGCGCGAGAUCGUAGUCAUAAGAGACAUAAAUCAAGCAUGAUUUAACGUUCUUCGUUAUUUCACAAACGCGUCGUUCGUUUUCCUCGCGGAAUCGGAUACGAGCGAACGAGUUCGCGUAACGAGAUGUAUUGAAUGUAUACAUAUAUUCUAUGUUGAAUAUUUAAAUAGUUCUACAUAAACAGACGUAAACACCAGAUCCAAAGGGCAAGACCGUAAGACUGUUCAGGAAUAGAAUAAAUAGUGUCUAGGCAUUGGUGUUUCUACCUUGCUUCGUCCUUCGUUAAGAACGUGUACUCUCACUCGGCGGACGAGCGACGGGCGAGCACACGCGAUUACCGCAGUUACCACAGUUACCGCAUCUACCUUGCGGAAAACGACCCUUUGGAUUCGAUUGCGCUCCCGAUCUCAUUUCGUCCGUCGCCGCGACCAGACGAGUGGCGCGUUUCUUCGGAGCGACACGACAACGUUUCGCCCACUCUGACGAUUAUCGUCUCGCUGCGAUGGCAGUUCAGCAAUGUCAAGGGCGUGAGUCGCGCAACGCGCGCCUAAUUGAUGUGGGUCCAACAAGCAAUAUGUCGCCGCUGGAAAUUUAGGAGUAUCAAGAUCGCCGAGCAGCGCCCAGCUACGCUGCACGCCCAGCGACGAGCACGACACAGUGACAGUGGACGCAGUGGCGAAACAAUUACUCAUUUGAGGUUGAUAAUUAGUUGACCGCUUCCGCCUCCGCAUUCGAGGCUAUUGGCAAUUUCGACGUGACUUUUUGUGGGAUGCACGUAUGUACGUGUCUUCGAUGUUACGCGCUCGAGCACUCUUCGAAGAGGAGCUGAGUCGCAAGGAGUGUCACUGUGACAUGGUGUGAUACGACGAUCGCGAAGAAAUCGGCCCAAAGCCGCGCGAACAUUUGAACGCGACGGAUGGGCGUGUACAAAUUUUCAUCGGGAACUGUGUGUGCGCAAUUCUCGUUAAUCAUUCCACGAUAUCUCGUGUAAUUAAGGUUUUGUGACAGAGAGCUCCCAGCAGAACUCUGUUUCCUUGAUAGCGUUAAUAAAGAACGAGGCAUUCGCGCGUAAACACCGUCUCACUAGAGGCUGCGGUUACAUAAAGGCAGCGACGAUUACUAUACGGCCGACUAUUAUGGUCGUCACUGACCGAUAAGACGGCGCGAUCUAGCGGCACGCUCUUUCCCGGACGUCACGUCUUGACGAUCGGAAUUCACCGGUCCGGGGGAAUCCACAUGAGAAGUCGUGCGGCGAAGUCCCGCGUGUGACGGUGUGCGUGCAAGGGCAGUGAAUUUCGCUAAGUACGUGCUGCACAGAGCUCCGUUGUCUACAAGGAAUCGUCCAGUCUCUCGCGAACUCAGGUUGGCGAACCAGUCGUUCUCCAGCUCGGCGCUGACAUUAGAGUGGUGACGGCUCGCGCGAUCAGUCGCACGGCCCCAAGUUCGCAUCGAGACCCCAAUGCGUCGGCGGAUUCACCGAUCGUCGACACGCCAACAUUCCGCUUCUCGGCCCACGCCGUGACAUCCUGGUGGAUAGUGGAUGCUGCGAAUGCAAGCGAAAUCGAGCGGAAACGUACGCGACACAUAACCGGAAGACGAUCAACGACAAGUCGCGAACAUCAUCCGCAGGGUGUUCCAGUAAUUCUCCCAGCACCAGUGAUCGCAACGAAUCAGCGAUAUGGCGAGCGUCGACAGGGAUCUCGAGGAACUGAUGUCCUAUAUGGGCGAGUUCGGCAAGUAUCAGUUCGGACAAUACUGCCUCCAUCUGCUCGGCGCCCUUCUAGCUGGCUUGCAUAUGCUGUCAUUGCUGACCGUGGCGGCGGUGCCGCCGCAUCAGUGCAACAUCCCGGGCGCAAACCUGUCGUCUUCCCCUUGGGUGAGCAAUUCCCUCGGCACCUUCGAUAACAACUCGUCGCUCACCUCAGAGUACCUGCCGCGAGCCAUCGACAGCUGCCACUACCUGGACCAGAACAACGUCACUCGAGAGUGCGACUCUUGGACGUAUGACACUACGUACUUUCAGUCGUCACGAGCCAUGGAAUGGAACUUUGUGUGCUCGCAGCGUUGGAUGGGUUCCUUGGCGCAGUCUACCUACAUGAUCGGCGUAUUCGCAGGCUCUUUGUCAUUGGGCAGCUUAGCCGACACAUACGGCAGGAAGAUCGUGUUUUACGUGUCCGCGGUGGCGCAGCUGGUGCUCGGAGUAUCGGUCGCGCUCAUGAACAAUUAUUACGUAUUCUUGACACUGCGCUUCCUCUACGGCAUCUUUGGCUCCGCCGGCGCCUACAUCACCGGCUUCGUGUUGACCAUGGAGAUGGUUGGCCCGUCCCGGAGAACCGUAUGCGGCGUGUUGUUCCAGCUGGCCUUCGCCGCGGGUUUCAUGUUGGUAGCCGCGUGGGGUGUCGUCAUCAAAGACCGCAUGUGGCUGCAGAUCGUGUACGGCGCGCACAGUUUACUCCUGAUCGGUCACUGGUGGCUGAUGGACGAGUCGCCCAGGUGGCUGUGGGCGCAUGAUCGCGCGUCUGAAGCGAUCAUCAUCGUGCAGCGAGCGCUGAAGGUGAACGGAAGCGACGUGAAGAUGGACGCGGCCAAGUUGGUGGGUCGAGCACGAGCGCAACAAGAGACCAAGACAGACAAGUCUUCGCACGGCACGUUGGAUCUCUUCAGAACCCCGAAUCUCCGCAAGAAGAGCCUGAUCGUCUGCCUCAAUUGGUUCGCCAACUCCAUCGUUUACUACGGACUGUCACUCAAUAUGGGCAACCUCGUCGGCAAUCCGUUCGUCAUGCUGUUCCUCAGCGGGCUCGUCGAGCUGCCGGCAUACGUCCUGGUGAUCUUCACGAUGGACCGCACCGGCAAGAGAUGCCUAGGCAGCACGUUGCUGUUGAUUGGCGGCGCAUGCUGCAUCUGCGCGGCCAACAUUCCCGCCGCCAGCGAAAUCGCGUCCACCAUCACGGUCACGAUAGUGAUGAUCGGCAAAGCCUGCGUGGCCGGCUCGUUCGCAGUGGUCUACAACUACACGGCCGAACUGUUCCCCACGGUGGUGAGGAACACUGCGCUUGGCAUCGGCUCGAUGUGCGCUCGACUGAGCGGUGCGCUCACACCCAUGAUUUUCUUGCUGGACUCGUUGAAUCCGAAAGUACCCGCUGUACUCUUCGGAGUGGUCGCUCUGGUGGCCGGCUUCUUGGCGCUUUACUUGCCGGAAACGCUGAACCAACCGAUGCCUGAGAGUAUCGAGGACGGGGAGAACUUCGGUAAGGGCGACACCUGCUUCACCACAUGCCUCGGUGGUAAAGCAAGGGUCGCGAGCAGCAACAACGUCGCGAUGACGGUGCAGGUGGCCGAGGAGGAAGAGAAGGAGAAGUUGAAUAAUAUAUAAGCGAACCGAUUGCCAUAGGUAGGACUAAUUCACCCGAGUGCCUUCGACCAGUACUUACGGCUGUAAGAACGUACGGAGGGACGUGCGUGUCGUCCUGAUGUCGUAAGCACGCUGAGUUACCACGUGAGUACGACAGUGUCGGAUAUACUCGUUAGAGAUACUUAUAUUCGUGAAGAUUAACAACCGCCUACACGUACAUACACACACGCGCACCAACGCGAUCAUGCAAUUUUUAGGAAGGAGGUAUAUGCAUUAGAGUAAAAAUUGCGAUUCGCACAACUGCGAAAUUAUCUUCGUGAUACCAGAGAGAUAUAUUUUAUACUAGCUUAAAGUACCCGGGACGUCGCCCGGGUUAUCACAAAGUGCCGAGAGGAUGAAAUUCAGGGGAUGAAAGGGGAUGGGGUGUCCAGGUUUCAUAGGCAGCCUAUACUUUCCGUAGAACCCUAGGGGAAUAACUAUGCAAAAUUUCGUCCAGAUCGGUCAAAGGGUUUAGGAGUUUAUGUGGGGCAUACAGACAGAGACAUUCUAUCUUAUAUAUAUAUAUAUAUAUAUAUAUAUAUAUAUAUAUAUAUAUAUAUGUGUGUGUGUGUAGAUUACACGUGCAUACAUAUUUUAACAUGUCACAUUGUAUAGUAAGCUAACGCGACGAGAUGUCGCAGAGAAUUAUUCGUCAAGAAAUCCUCCUCGCUUUGUCCCACCGAGAAUUUCUGUUCGCAUUAUUAUACCGCGGUAUCACAUGUGUUCGUACGGAUGUGCCGCAGGUGCGGACGAGCCUUGCGAUUUCAUUGUUAGACAAUCUCCGAGAAGGAAGAGAUUAAAAGUUCACGGCGGGAUUGUGCCCGCCCGAGAAACGCUCGUCGUAAAAUUUCUCUCUCUCUCUCUCCCUCUGUCUCUCUUUCUCUCUUUCUCUCUCUCUCCCUCGCCCGCUUUCCUCCUGCCUCACGAGAACGCCGGAAUAAUCCGGAAGUCAACGAGGAAAUAAAUUCGUUUACAUCCGACUUAUCUUACUACUUUCGACGAGAUGAACCGGCCGAGGAAAGUUUAAGGGUUAUGCGGAGAUAAAAGGGUUAAGGGAGGCUUUCAAAGCGCUUUAAGACGCACGUAUGAUCUUAAUGGCGAGAAUGCAAUUCCGGCAGAAUCUUCCUGGGCGAGAGAUCCCACUGAAAUCGCCGUCCCGCUUUUCUCCCUAGCUAAUGGAAAAACUUUGUCGCCCGUUGCGGCGGCCGAACGUUUUUCCAAUCAUAAAGUUUGAAAAAUGGUCACGUCGACCAUCCGCGGAUAUUUUUUUCUUUUUUUUCUCCCCGCUGUUGAAUUAACGACGACGGCGAGAGAUCCCAUCUCCGGAAAAUUUCGUUAAGUUCUCGCCGGACGGCUCGCGAGCUGCGCUUGACAAAACGGACGCGCGUCACUCAUUUUAUUUGUUGCCACGCGUUGCCUCGUUUCAUUUGCCUCGCCGAGUUAAUAUCACAACGGUAUUGCCCGUACAAUUUACGGAGGAAUUAUCUCGCGCGAGAUUUCCCCGAUAUUUAUUCCGCUUAGAUUAAGCUUGCAGAUACGCUCAAUGGUGCCAAUCCAUCAGAACGAAUCCGUGCGAAUCCGCGCGAAUAAACUUUCGCGAGGUUUACCGAGGAUUAUUGGAAAUCGGAUCGAAUUAAUAAGCCACAUUAUGUAAUUCCAAUUUCAGCCGGUCCUUUCUUAUUGUCUGAGUGCCACUCGACAACGAACUGGAAAUUUAUUCCGUCGCGCAGCAUCGAUAACUCGUCGCAGACUUAUCUUCCCAAUUAAAUCCGGCGUGGUGAAGUAUCGCGCACCACGGCCGGGCAAUUACCGGGUCUCUGAUACAAUUCAUUGGAUUCUCUCUCGGUGUCACCUGCGAACUCGCGCGCCUCGCAAGAUUCACCCGCUUCAUUGCACAAGUCUCGCCGUUCCGCAUCUCUCAGCGUUGAAGGUUGCGACACGCAACGGCCGACAAUAACAAAUUUUUCGCGCAUGCUUGUCUCUUGUCCGGUGUAAAAAUAACCGCCCAGCAUCUCGACGCGACAUUAUUCACGUCGACACCAUAAAUCCAGAUUAACGGCAACGUUAACAGCACCGUCGACUUUUCUCUCCGCGGUGCGAAAUUCGCGAGACGCGAAACCAGCAGCGAGCUGUGGCAACAUCCGCGACCGAAUUCCCGAGAUUUCGCGUGAUCGCCAACGACGAAAUUACACACCGAAACUAUAUCGCCAUCCAGAACUGUAAUUUACAAGAACUCACCCUCCGUCUAUUGUUUUGACAAUAUUUUAAUUAAGAACAAAUUAUCCAUAAGUAUAAUUCUUUUAACGCAUCUGAUUAAUUGUAGGACGAUCUUUGACCUUCUCUCUUACGAUCAAGAUAAUAAAGAAGCAAUCACGAUAUCCGCAAUUCUUUUCUUCUUUUUUUUGUAAGGAGGGUGAAACUAGGGCGAAACUAGGGCGUUUAAAUUUGUCAUGUGAACGCUCUCGAAUUUGGAACUGGCACAAAUCUUGGAAGAACGCGCAAGGAUAUCUUAAGAAAAAAACGACACGUUCUCGGGAAGCCGGAACGCCGCUUGACUCGUAAUGACACGACUCGCAGCUUGUUUAGCUUAUAGUAAAUCCGACCCUGAUGAUUGUGCACUCACCUGCGAUAUCGAGCGCUCACAGGUCCAUACGCGAGGGAUGCUGGAGCGGAUAUGCCACGGCAAGCACACGAAGGCAAGGAGCGCGCGUCGCCGACUGAACUCCCGCUCUGUGCUCGCCCAUUAAAUCGCGGAAAACGCUAUGUCGCUUCAGCAGCGCGCGCAACUCUGUCAAACACGGUGCAGGCUGUUGCCUCAAAUUUGACCCCCUGAGAAUCACAUCGCAAAAGUGCCGUAGCGUUCUCAAGAUCGUUCUCGGCUCGCGAAAGAGGCAGAAAAAAUGGCAGAAAAAUGGCUUUAAUCUGUGCAUAAGUUCGUAAAGUUUAUCAAGAAUCCGCAAAGACCGGACAACUAGCCUUGUGCUGUCGAAUCAGGUGAAGUUAAGAUUUAAUCCUGCACGAGAUUCUAAGAAAAUCGACUCCAUAUAACGACUUAUGGUAAUUUUCCGCGCGCGCGACUGAGGUAUUAUACUUUUAGAAAUGUUAUAAAGGUCUUCCAACGUGAUAAAGAAUGACGAUCAUGUUAUAUUAUGCGAUGACAAUCAUAUUAUAUAUUGUGCGAAUAAUAUAAUAUCAAACUCGAAGUGCAAUCUUUAACGUCGACGGGCUUGUUGAAACUUACACCGCGAAGAGUCCCGCGUUCCUCUGUCUUUUCCUGCGCGUUAAAUGGCAGACACGAAGGAUGAGUUAAACCAUUAAUCACCCAUUAAUUUUAAUUGGCACUUAUGCGAACGGCUCCAUUGUAGUGCGAAAAGCAGAUGCCGUCGCAGAUUAGAUUGCACUCGCCCAAGUAAUGAAGUAGAUUUGUUUAAAGAUAUCUUUGAAACUGCCCGCGCGUGUCCUCCAAAACGCGUAGCUUAUCGAACCGCUUUCUGAAUAGCGUGAAUUGUUCGCGCAACGCAAGACUAUUACCGUGGAACUCUAUACAGACCGCUAAAUUCGUUACGCAGUUCUUAUGCGCUUAAAUAUUCUCGGAUGUAUUUCCAGGUUGUUCGCGAGAUUGAACGCGUACAACGAUCCACGGCGCUUUAGCGUUGCAUAGAGUUCUACGGAGACCGUCUUCCAGUUUUCAAAAGUCACGUUUAUCGAAAAGAAGCGACGACAAAAGCGGCGGCGGCGAAGACAGCUUUGCGAAUCUUCACGAGGAUCAGCCUUUGCGACGCUUCUUAGAGAUAAGUGUUAGCGGGUAGUUUUGAUACGAUUAUCUCUCGUCGAUUGUAAUUGUAAUUGCGAAUUGCAAUAAAUGUACUUCGAUUCACUAAAACACAGUCUGGUCGACGCCGACCUCGACGUCGUUCUCAACUAUUUUAAUAAUAAAGGAUUAAUAAGUAGACCUGACAAACAAACUUCUGAAAACUCUCUAAUAAUAACGCUUUCUUUUCUUCUUUCCUUCUUUCUUUUCCGAUCCGCAUGCGCUCUUUUUUCCCGACGCAAUAAAAACAGGCAUGAAUUUCAAGCGAACUCUUCAUUUCGCGUGUGAACUCCAGCAGAAGAGCGCCGGAGUUUCCACUUCGAUGGAUAGGAACUUUUUUAUUGCACUUUCAUAUCUCUUCGACAAUUGACAGAGCUCUUCGCUCGGGUCGAUUAAAAGGCGGUUCCACGAUCAAUUUGAUACAUACACAAGCGCACUUCGUUGACAGCGUUAUUUGUGCCUCGUGUAAGCUUUGCGGAGAACGUUUAUACGUCCGGAAAAGUAGAAAAAAAAA